UCAGGAGGGAGGGAGAGAGAGCUUCGCCACUCCUGGCAGUGGAGAUGGUUGGGUACGGGCUUCUCUGACACCCUCUGGGGUCCGGUCCGAUCCGCAGCCCCUGAACGCGGUCUGUACACGGAUACAGACCCACGCCACCCCUCCGGUGGAAAAGCAUGGAUUUCGUUCCUCUCCUUCUUCACUUGGCCUGCUGUUUGCUGUCAGGUGACGCAUUGGACCUUGCGGACCUGACCUUGGUGAAUCCGGAAGCCGUGGUGACCGGCUCGGAGUCCUCGCUUCACUGUGUCAGCAGCGACUGGAAGGCUCCGGUCACACUCGGCAUGGGAAGGGAGUUUCCGGCUUGGGAGGUGACGCCACAGACCCUGCAGGUCGUGCCCGACAAGGACUACCGAGUCGCUUCGAAGAUUACCUGGAAAACGCGGAACGUUGACGUCUUUGGAGCUUUCUACUGUAGAGUCAGAAACUCUGACUCCACAGGAAAAGUGUACACCUUCAGGAUGCUGAAUGAAGCUGCAUUCCACCCAGACUCUUUGACAAUCACAGCCAACAUCGGGGAAAACAUCAAUAUAUCCUACACCCGUAGGAAGGUUGUAGCAGAGGACGCGUACAUCUUUAAAAACGGUUCCUUCAUUCACUCUGUGCCCCGAGACGAAAUCCGUGACACCCUACAAUACCCCAUAAACGCCGUGGCCCUGGAACAUGCAGGCUUCUACACGGUCCGAUACAUCGCCGAGACCAUGCCUUCCUCCGCAAUCACCAGGCUGAUAGUAAGAAGCUGCCCUGCAGGGUUUUGGGGUGCCCACUGUUCUCAGACCUGUCCCAUGUGUCUGAAUGGGGGUCUGUGCCAUGACACGACAGGGGAAUGCGUCUGCCCCCCAGGAUUCAAAGGGCAGACCUGCGAAAUUGUGUGCGGGAAGGGCAGGUUUGGCCGAUUGUGUAAAAACAGGUGUAGAGACGGCUACUGUCGGUCGAUGGUCUUCUGCCUUCAGGAUCCUUACGGUUGCUCCUGUGCUACGGGGUGGUGGGGCUUAAACUGCAGUGAAGCCUGCCCCCAGGGUUUCUAUGGGGCGGGCUGUAAGCUGAGGUGUGAGUGCGGGGGCCAGGGCAAGUGCGACCGCUUCCGUGGAUGUGUGUGCGCGGCACGGCACGGCUCCCGCUGUGAGAACGAAGAUCAGGCACCGACAGUGGUUACCAGCCUUGGGGAUUCAGAGCUCAAUGCUGGGGUGAUCUAUAUGCUCAACUGCACUGUCCAUGGCCACCCAGCACCACUGCAUGGAGAGAUAGAACUGAUCAAACCGGACAAAACAAGAAUAUAUGCCACAGAUACGGAUACUGUGAACAACCAAACCAUUUCCCAGUUCAAGGUGGAUAAAAUCACAGUGCAUGACGCUGGCCGCUGGCUCUGCCAGGCGAAAACCACAGCCGGGCAGGCAGAAAAAGAUUUUAUCGUCACUGUCAAAGUGCCCCCGAAGCCUCAGUACCCUCCCUUGUUGAACGGAAGUGGGCCGUAUCACCUGAUCAUCUCCGUUAACAGAGAGCCGUAUAGCGGGGACGGGCCAGUUACCUCCGUGAAGGUUGUUUACAAGCAAGUCAACACCACUUCGUGGGAGACCGCUGAAGUGACUGGCCCGCUGGUAAAGCUGGAGAACCUGACCCCGUGUACUCAGUACGUCGCCUUCAUUCAGCUGAGUCGCCAUGGUGCCGGAGGGGCCGGCUUCCCUGGGCCCGAGGCCAUCUUCUCUACCCCUGUAUUUGAUCUUCCGCUCCUCACCAGGGUGAAACUGGUGCCACUGAGCCAGACCUCCCUCAGUCUCACCUGGGACCCAGUGAAGGGGCCCGCAAAGGAAACCUGGUCCUACCAGGUGGAGUGUAUUCAGGCCUCCGCGCCCGAAAACAUCAAGACAUACCAUCUGCCGAAGAACUCCACCGGCCUGACUCUAACGGACCUGAAGCCCAAACAGAAGUACGAGUGCAAAGUCCACGUGAUAACGACUUCAGGGGGCCAGUACUGCCAGCCCGUUUCCGCAUGGACCCUCAGCAAUGAGCGACCACCGGCACCGUUUGGCGUCAUGAGUUGCAACAUCACCGACUCGUCCGCCAUCAUCACUUGGUCCCUGGAGGAGGGGAACUCCAUCUCCAGAGUCAUCAUCCGCUUCAAGGACACGGUGCUGGCCGACUACAGCCAGCAGGCUGAGAUCAACGUGCAGGACCAGCAGCACCUGCAGUUCCAGCUUCGCGGCCUGAAGCCCAACACGCCGUACCUGGUGGAGAUCUGGGCCCAGAACAACAUCGGGAAGAGCGUCGACAUCCAGUCCAUCCGUGUCCAGACCCUGUCCCCUCAAGAGAGCUCUCGGUUCUAUGGCUUUGGCAGCGAGGGAAACAUGCUGUUCUUUGCCAUCCUGGGCUCUGCUGGAAUGACCUGCAUCACCAUCUUGCUGGCCUUCUGCAUUGUGCUGCAGCUGAAGAGGGCCACCUUCCAGCGCAGGAUGGUCCAGGCCUUCCAGAACAUUGUGAGGGAAGAGCCUGUGGUUCAGUUCAGCUCGGGGUCCCUCAACAUGCAGAAGAAGUCCAAGAACUCAGGCCAGCCGGUGGCCUACCCAGCUCUGGAGUGGAACGACAUCAAGUUCCAGGACGUCAUCGGCGAGGGCAACUUCGGUCAGGUUCUGAAAGCACGGAUUAAGAAGGACGGACUUAGGAUGGACGCCGCAAUCAAGCGGAUGAAAGAAUACGCCUCUAAAGAUGACCACCGGGACUUCGCCGGAGAGCUAGAGGUACUCUGCAAACUUGGCCAUCACCCCAACAUCAUCAAUCUGCUGGGCGCAUGUGAACACCGAGGGUAUCUGUACCUGGCGAUUGAGUACGCCCCCCAUGGCAACCUCCUGGACUUCUUACGGAAGAGCAGAGUCCUGGAGACGGACCCCGCCUUCGCCAUCGCCAACAGCACCGCCUCCACCCUCUCCUCCCAGCAGCUCCUGCACUUCGCCGCCGAUGUGGCGCGAGGCAUGGACUACCUCAGCCAGAAGCAGUUUAUCCACAGGGACCUCGCUGCCAGAAACAUCCUGGUUGGGGAAAACUUUGUGGCAAAGAUAGCAGACUUUGGACUCUCUCGGGGGCAGGAAGUUUAUGUGAAGAAGACAAUGGGAAGGCUGCCUGUCCGAUGGAUGGCGAUUGAGUCGCUGAAUUACAGCGUUUACACCACAAACAGCGACGUAUGGUCCUAUGGUGUGCUGCUCUGGGAGGUGGUAAGCUUAGGUGGUACGCCCUACUGUGGGAUGACCUGUGCUGAACUGUAUGAGAAACUUCCCCAAGGAUACAGAUUGGAGAAACCCCUGAACUGUGAUGAUGAGGUAUAUGACCUCAUGAGACAGUGCUGGAGAGAGAAGCCUUAUGAAAGGCCCUCGUUCACCCAGAUCCUGGUGUCACUCAGCAGGAUGCUGGAGGAGAGAAAGACCUACGUAAACACCACCCUGUAUGAGAAGUUCACCUAUGCUGGCAUUGACUGUUCAGCGGAAGAAGCUGGAUGAUCAAUUUUCAUUCCUCAAAAGUAGCCUUUGCUUCCAUAUCUUUCAUGUACUAUAUUACAUCAAAGUUUAAGCAAUCCUGUAACAAGGAUUCACGGACUAGUAUUUUGCACACAUUGUGUAUUGCAUUUCAUAUGAACAUAUACUAACCCAAAGGAAAAUAAUCUAAAUAUAAUCCUUUUUAUACUCGUCAACUAUUGUAAAUGGAAAGUAAUUUUGAUAUAAACGUGAUGAAUUUGCAUUUUCUUCAUUCUUGUCCAUCUCACACAUUCUCCCUCUGGCAUGAUGAAAUAUCCUGUAAAUAGUCUAUUCUGAAAAGCAAUCAAAGAUAACCUGGAUCAUGUUCUACAGGGACUAAUGGAAGGCUUAUUUUGGAAAUGGUUUUGUGUGAGUGUAGCUUUCCUGUACUUAUAAUCUAUGCAUGGAAUCACUGCGUGUAUAAAGCUGUUUCGUAUUUGUGAAGGUGAGAACUUGUCUGCUGAUCUACAGCUGUAUGACCUUAAUAAACUGUAAAAUUAA